AUGGCCCCCACUCGCAUCGGCCUCGUCGGCCUCUCCCCCAACGCCAUCUCCGCCUACGCCUCCACCGCCCACCUCCCCUACCUCACCCACUCGCCCCACUACACCAUCACGGCCCUGUGCAACUCCACCAUCCCCUCCGCCCGCGCCGCCAUCGCCGCCUACGCCCUCCCGGAGAGCACCGCCGCCUACGACUCCGUGGCCGAGUUAUCCAAAGACCCCAACGUCGACCUCGUCGUCGUCAGCGUCAAAGUCGGCCUGCACGCCGCCCUCGUGGCCCCGGCUCUCGACGCCGGCAAGGCCGUCCUCUGCGAAUGGCCCCUCGGCGUCAACGCCGGCGAGGCCGCGCAGCUCGCGGCGCUCGCGAAGCAGAAGGGCGUGAAGACGUACGUGGGCGCGCAGGCGCGCUUCUCGCCGCCCGUCGCCGCGCUGCGCCAGCUGCUCGCUUCCGGCGCCAUCGGGAAAGUGCUCUCCACGGAUGUCACCGCGACCUUCGGCCCCGCCAUCGACAUCUGGAUGAAGAGCGCCGACUUCUACCUCGACCUCAAAAGCGGCGGCAACCCGCUCGCGAUCCGCUUCGCGCACUUCGUCGACGCGUUCUGCAACACGCUCGGCGAGUUCGCGGCGUAUGAUAGUGUGUUGAAGACGAAUGGGAAGAGCGUGAAGGUGUACGACAUCGCGAUGGGCGAGAUGGGCGCGGUGGCGCGGGAGCCGGAGAGUAAGCCGUACGAGAUCAUGACGCGGACGUCGCCGGAUGAGAUUUUGCUGCAUGGGACGCUGGUGGGGGGCGCGGUGGCAGGGUUGCAUUUUCGGACGGGGGAGCGGGAGGUGGAUGGGAGUAGCUUUAGGUGGACGAUUACGGGGACGGGGGGGAUUGUGCAGGUG